AUGGGCAAGAAAUUCAAACAUUCGGACAUAUUUCCUAGUAACCCAAUGUUCAUGUGCAUUUGCGGUAGUUCAGGUUCUGGGAAAACUCAUCUCACUUUUAACAUGUUGACAACACCAAACCUUUUAGAUUUCGAUUCUCUGUAUAUCUACACAACAACACCAGAGCAAUCGUAUUAUCAAUUCCUCAAAGCUUUAGAAUAUUUACCAAAGAAAGACAUUCAAGACAUAUUUCAAUAUUACGAAGAAAACGAAGAAGAAGUGGAAAUAAAAGAUAUCAUAGAAAACUUCAUUAAAUCAAAGAAUCCAUCUUUCAAUCCAACGGAUAUAAAAGUUUUUCUUACGAAAAAUGUUAAUGAUCUAGACUUGUCUAAUAUUGAUAGCAAUCGAAAGAACUUAAUAUUGUUUGACGACUGCGUAGCGCAAAGAAAUCAAACUGUUCAACAAGAAUUCUUCACCAAAGGAAGACAUCACAACUGUCACUGCAUAUACCAAUCCCAAUCUUUUUACGGUAUGGAUUCUAUGUUCAUUAGAAAAAAUGCAAAUUGUUUUUUAUUAUUUGAAUUAAACGACAAAGAUUUAUCUCUAAUCAUUCAGUCUAUAAAUCACGGAAUGGAUAGAGAUACAUUUAAAAAGGUUUGUAAAGCUCAAUGGAGAAACCCAGAUGAUCAUGGAUAUGUAUUUGUAAAUACUAGAAAACCUGCGGGAGAAAGAGUUAUGAUCGAUAUAUGUAAAUUUUAUUUUUUUAAAAAUGACGGAUUGGAAUAA